CGCCGCAGUCUGUGUCGAGGCGACGUGCUCUACACGACGGAGCGGCAAAUCGCGUCUUCUCCAACUCGCAAGCCGCUCGCUCGCUCUCCUUUUCUCCCCUUCUAUCUCCUCCCUUCCUCUUUCCUUUUCAUUCUCCCUCCUCCCUUCUUCUUUUCUCUCUUUCUUUCUUUCUCUCUCUCUCUCUCUCUCUCUGUUUCUCUCUCUCUCUUUCCUUGUCCGUUCACGCGUCUCCAUUCCUUUUCUCUCUCUCUCUCUCUUUCUCUCUCUCGGUCCCUCCCUGCGUUCGUCGCACUGUUCCUUAUCCACCCGUUGUUGUGCGUGCUCCUUUUUCCUCGGCCCAUUCAUCCUCCUCGGUCCACCUUUCCGUCCUUUUCUUAUCCGAUCGUUUCUCCGCGCGCGAGCGUGCGCGGCCGCGCUUUCCUCUCGCCGCGAGUCUCUCCGUCCUCGUCCUACGGCCUACAGCUACCUGGCCGUGUUACGGCGGGGUUCCGGAUACGCGCGUCGACUUCGUCAACGUUGUCGUGCGGUACGUUCUACCAAGAAUUCCAGUGCCACGUCUCGAGUAGCGGCGAUCGGUCGGUUUGGUUGGUCGCUUGCUUGCUCUGUCGGUUGUUCCGUUGUUCGACAGUGUCGUCGCCUGUAUCGUCCAACGUGUAAUAAUCAACGUUCGUGAUAAUGUUUAUCGUUCACCGUGUUUUUUUUCCCGCGACGGAUUUAAGAAGUUGAUAUACGAUACGACAGUGCGACAGUUUCGUUAGUCGUUUCGGAGGAAGGAACUCGUUGCCUUUGAUUGAACACGUGACAUUGUAACGGGCGACGAGCAGCGUCCUCGAAAUAUCCGAGCCGAGAAGAAGAAACGAGAACCGUGCGGGGAGGCACGCCGUCAUUAUCGUCGCAAACAACAACAACGGGCAAAAGUGAAUUUUGAAGGAAGAAUCGAGAGUCUUCCAUCGACUCGAAGUGCCAUACGUAAUAACAAACCUUCCCAUUAAGAUAAGUCUACCGUUUAAGUAAUUGUGUGUACGUGUGUUUUCAACUUGCGAGACUGUUGUAAUCCGUGAGAAGAGAGAGAGAGAUUGACAUCGAUCCGAAAGGAGAAACAAGGAGAGACGUUAGUGUUUUUGUUUUUUGUGCGCGUACGUCACGUAUGUCGGCGAGCGAAGGGAAACCGAGAUAGUGGGAAAGAAAGAAAGAAGGAAAGAAAGAACGUUACGGCAUAGGCGAGAAAGAGAGGAAAAGAAAAGAGAGGAAGAAAGAGCCGAUGAACAGGGGAAGACGUCGUUCAGUCGUUGGCUGGUUACGAAACAACCUCGUAAGAAGAUUCGUAGCGAGCUUAACUGGUUAACGAGAUGUCCACUCAGGCUUAUUACAAGGAGAGGCUCGGCUUCGAUCCGGCCGAUACCGUGGCGGAACAUCACCGUGAGCAGAGAUCGCAGCACGGAUACGAGGAGUCUCUGUCCAAGUUCAAAGACGAACGAGACGCGAUACAAAAGAAAACAUUUACCAAAUGGGUGAACAAGCAUCUGAAAAAGCACUGGAAAUACGUCAAGACUUACACGUGCCUGCACGUGUGCGUCCUUGUCAACAAUCAACCAUGCUGUUCCCCCACUGCAAGCAGACAUGUCGGAGAUUUGUUCGAAGACCUGCGGGACGGGUACAACCUCAUUUCCUUGCUGGAGGUUCUCUCGGGCGAGCAUCUCCCGCGAGAACGAGGUCGGAUGCGUUUCCACAUGCUGCAAAACGUGCAGAUGGCUCUUGACUUUUUACGUUAUAAGAAAAUCAAACUCGUCAAUAUACGCGCCGAGGAUAUCGUGGACGGAAACCCGAAGCUGACCCUAGGUUUGAUAUGGACCAUCAUACUGCACUUCCAGAGCUGGCGACGCAAGAUAUCCGAUAUCGUGGUUGGUCAGGAGCCUAACGUGACCGCCCGGGAGGCGCUUCUAAGAUGGGCCAGACGAUCGACGGCGCGCUACCCGGGUGUACGCGUCACGGACUUCACCGGCUCGUGGAGGGAUGGAUUGGCGUUCAGCGCGUUGAUCCAUCGAAACAGACCGGACCUGGUCGACUGGAGGAACGCCCGUGCCAGUCAACCACGAGAGCGGCUCGAUCGUGUGUUCAACGUCGCGGAGCGCGAGUAUGGCGUUACGAGGCUUCUCGAUCCUGAAGACGUGGACACCCCGGAACCGGACGAGAAGUCCUUGAUAACGUAUAUCUCUUCGCUCUACGACGUGUUCCCGGAGCCGCCGCCUAUUCAUCCGUUGUACGACGCCGAGGCCCAGAGACGGUCCGAGGAGUACAGGGAGUUAGCGAGCUCCCUCCAUCUGUGGAUCCGCGAGAAAAUGUGCCUGAUGCAGGAGCGGGCCUUCCCCCCCACUCUGAUCGAGAUGAAGAAGCUCGCCGCGGACAGCACGAAAUUCAAGAACGAGGAGGUGCCGCCACGUUACAGGGACAAGCAGCGCCUCUCCUAUCUGUUCAGGGAUCUUCAGAAGUAUUUCGAGGCGGUGGGCGAGGUGGACAUCGAGGCCGAGCUUCACAUCGAGGUGAUCGAGAAGAAUUGGAACCGAUUGAUGAUGCUUCACCAGGAGAGGGAACAGGCUAUAGUCGAUGAGAUAAAACGGCUCGAACGGCUGCAACGAUUGGCGGAGAAAGUGCACAGAGAGAUGAAAUCGACCGACAACCGACUGGAGGAGCUGGAGAGAAGGGUGGAGGACGAGGCGAGACGCCUCGACCGACUUCAUCCUUUGGAGGCUAAACACGCCGUCGAUCUGCUCGAGCAGGACAUACGCAACACCGAGAUACAGAUUCAAAAUAUUUUUACCGACGUGCACACUCUUACCGAGGGACGGUACAGUCAGGCGGCCGAAUUGCACAAAAGGGUUCAAAAGCUACAUCAACGGUGGGUCGCGCUGCGAUCUCUUCUUCACAAACGUUUGGUACAGCCGCUUUCGGCCGUCUCGUUCCCGGUCGAGGAACGCGUGGUGACGAAACACCGGACCACCGUGCACGAGACCCGAUUGGUCGACACGAACCCGCACUUCCGCUCGUUGCACGACUGCAUCGACUGGUGCAAGGCGAAGAUCAAGCAGCUCCAGGACGCGGAUUACGGUUCCGACUUGCCCAGCGUGCAGAACGAGUUGGACGUCCACCAGAAGGAGCACAAGAACAUAGAACAGUUCCAUCCAAAGGUGGACAGAUGCGUGCAGGCGAAGAGCCAUUUCCACGGCGAGGAGUCCACCCUGUACAGCCAACAUUUGGCCGUGCUUCAGAAACUCUACACCGAGCUGUUGGCUGCCUCGAACAAGAGGCUCUCGGAUCUUGACACACUGCUAGAUUUCAUACAAUCGGCCACGGGCGAGCUGGUCUGGCUGAGCUCCAAGGAGGAGACCGAAGUGACCCGCGACUGGAGCGACAAGAAUUUGAACGUGCAGAGCAUAGAACAGUAUUACGAGCGCACGUUUGGAUCCGGGAUAGAGUCCCUGAUGAGCGACCUGGAGAAGCGAGAGAUCCAAUUCUCAGCGGUGCAGGAUCGGGGCGAGGCCCUGGUCCUCCAACACCACCCCGCGGCGAAGACCAUCGAGGCGUACAUGUCCGCCAUGCAGAGCCAGUGGGCCUGGCUCCUCCAGCUCACCCUCUGCCUCGAGGUGCACCUCAAGCACGCCGCCCAGAGCCAGCAAUUCUUCCGCGACGUCCAGCAAGCGGAGCAGUGGAUCUCGAAGAGGGACGAGACGCUCAACACAAUCUACUCCCAAUCCGACUUCUCGUUGGACGAGGGGGAAAGGUUGUUGAAAGGUAUGCAAGAGCUGCGCGAGGAGCUGAACGGUUACGGGGACCACGUGCAGAAGCUGGUCGACCAGGCCAAGGACGUGGUCCCCAUGAAGCAACGGCGCCAGCCCGUCACGCGACCCAUGCAAGUCACCUGCGUCUGCAGUUACAAACAGGUUAACAUGUCGAUCGAGAAGGGCGAGCAGUGCACGUUGUACGACAACUCUGGAAGGAUAAAGUGGCGCGUGAAGAACGAAGAGGGGAUCGAGACGCCCGUGCCAGGCGUUUGCUUCGCCCUCCAACCGCCCGACAAGGACGCCCUCGAGGCCGCUGAAAGGCUGCGACGACAGUACGACAGGAGCAUCGCGUUGUGGCAACGGAAGCAGCUUCGACUGCGCCAGAACAUGAUAUUCGCCACGAUCAAAGUGGUGAAGGGGUGGGAUCUGCCGCAAUUCUUGGCGAUGGGCCAGGAUCAGAGGACGGCUAUCAGGAAGGCGUUGAACGAGGACGCGGAGAAAUUGUUAUCCGAGGGAGACCCGGCCGAUCCCCAAUUGAGGCGGUUGAAGAGGGAGAUGGCGGAGGUGAACAAGUUGUUCGACGACCUGGAGAAGCGCGCGAGGGCCGAGGAGGAGUCGAAGAACGCUGGGCGUAUCUUCAACGAGCAGAUCUCCACGCUUCAGCAGUCCCUGGACGAGGCUGAGAGGGCGUUGAACUCCAGGAUAACCGCUCCCCUGCCCAGGGACAUGGACACCCUGGAACACCUGGUGUUGCAGCACAAAGACUUCGAGCAAAGCCUGAGACGGUUGGCCCCCGAUCUGGACAGGGUGCAGCAGACGUUCCGUGGAAUCACGUUGAAGACGCCCGCGAUGAGGAACAAGCUGGACGCGGUGACCACCAAGUGGACCCAGAUCUGGAACUCGAGCAAUCUGUACAUCGAGCGGCUGAAGUGCGUGGAGAUAGUGUUGUCGAGGCUCGAGGAGAACACCACGGCGAUAUCCGAGAUCGAGGUGAAGCUGGCCUCGUUCGACGAGCUCCCCUCCGAUAUAAAGGGGUUGCAAAACGUGUUGGAGGAUCUGAUGCUGCUUCAGAACGCCAUCGCCCAACAGCAGACCGCGAUGGACCAGUUGAACGAGGACGCGCACAACGCAAGGAGGCUGGUCGAAAAGUCGAGAUCCGGCCAUCGUGGCCCACACUCGGACAUGGACCGUCUGGACGACGAGGUGAACAGGUUGAAUUCCAGGUGGACGAACAUCUGCGGCCAACUGGUGGACAGGCUUCGUAGCGCGGAAACGGCUUACGCGCUCGCGCAACAAUUGGAACACGCUUACAGAAACGAGGUCGACUUCGUGGACGAGUCGUACAACAGACUCGAGAUGGAGAAUGCCAAGAACCUGUUGAACAGAGUGGUGGAACGAGCGCCUGCGAUCGAAGCGGUAAAUGUGACGGGCGGUCGAUUGAUUCGCGAAGGAAAGAUCUACGGGCAAAGGCUCCGAGCGUUCAAGGAACAAUUGGAAGAUAUCUGCCCGUCUUUGGAUGCUUCGGUGAAAAAGCCUCGUCGAGAGUUCGUCUCGACGGUGGACGACAUCGCGCGUGAUCUAGAUACCCUCAACAGAAGAUACACCACGCUUGUCAAUAUACUGCAGGAUCGGGUUAGAGAGCUGGCAACGCAAUAUCCCGAGGACACGUCUCUACAGCGCGCUCUCCAGGAGCAGAGGCCGCUGAGGACGUUCCGCACCGAGUUCAACAUCUACGAGAACAGCAGCUGCGAGGAGCGUUACACCACCACGACCACCCACUACACGCAAUCGCAGUACAGUUUGGAACGGCACGAGCGGACAGAGCGCACGGAGAGGAGGGAGACGAGCGAGACCAUAGUCUCGUCCAGCGACACGAUACGUUCCCGGGAGAGCGGUCGUCUAGAAACUCGAAGCGGAUCCGUCGGGCGGGAUGCGGUCUCGAGAGAGAUCGAAGAGAAAGCCUCCCGUAAACAGGAGGAGGAGGAGGAGGAGAAGAGGAUCAGCGACGCCACUAGUAGCGAGCGUUUUAGCGAGAUUAGGAGUUUAAAGAGGAGUUUAGAGAGGGCGGAGGAGGGCAGCGUAGGUAGAGAGAGCAGCAGCGUGAUCGACGCUAGGGGUAUCGUGGAUCCACGUAGCGGGCAACUGUUGACCGUGGGCGAGGCGAUAAACCUUAGGAUCUUGGACGUUAGGAGGGGUAGGAUAACGUGCUCGAGGGACGGGCAGAGAAAGAGCGUGGCUAUCGAGGAGGCGGCACGCGAGAAGAUGAUCGAGACGCGUCUCGCCGACCGUCUGCUGGGUCCGUGCGGCUACGACGAGGAGGGGCGGCCGGUGUCCCUGCUCGGCGCGAUCCAGCGGGAGCUGAGCGACGCCGAGAGAGCGGACGGUGCCGCGGCAGACCGAGCGAAGGUAACUUACUGCGCAGAGCGUGGCGGCGAUAGGCUGGCGGCGGCCGAUGUGGGCGUGGUUAGCGUAGCCGAUGCGAUGCGGGAGGAGCGCGGGGGGGGCGGGGGCGCGCGCCUGGACCCGCGCACGGGCGAGCUGGUGACGGAGCGCGGCGAGCGGCUGUCGGCGGAGGAGGCCCACGCGAGGGGCUACCUGGCCAAGUUGGGCGCGAGCGUGACGGUGAGGAGGGGGGGCGCGUUCACCCUGUCCGACGCGAUGAACCACGGCCUGGUGGACGAGGCGGGCCGUGUGCUGGACCGGAUCACGGGCGAGCGUCACAGCCUGGCCGAGGCGGUGGAGAAGGGGAUUUUGGACCCGAGCGUGAGGGAGGUCGUGGACCCGAGGACCGAGGCAGGCGCGAAGACCACGCUGCGCGAGGCCCUGCGACUCGGCGCCAUCGACUCGAGCGGCGGCAGAUACGUGAGGAGGAGGGGGGCGAGGGCCCUGUCGCUGAAGGAGGCGAGCGAGUCGCGCCUCAUAGCGGAGCCCGUCACCUUGAAGGAUUGCCACGACGCGGGGAUGAUGGACGAAACGGGGAGGAGCGUGAUCGAGCGAGGGUCCGUGUUGUCCGUGACGGAGGCGAUGCGCCGGGGGAUCCUCGACGAGGAUCGGCUGAGAUCGGUGACGGAUACGAGGACGGGGGAGAUGGUGACGUUGUCCGAGGCUGUGAGGCGUGGGCUGAUCGACCCCGAAAGGGGCACGUACGUGGACGCGAGCACGAGGGAGGAGAGCAGUGUCUCGGAAGCCGUGGAGAGGGGGCUGAUCGUGUCCCUGGUUCGGAGAACGAUAUUCGACGUGGACGGGUUCAAGGAUCCGUCGAGCGGUGAAUACGUGAGCUUGAACGCCGCGCUGCUCAAGGGUUUGAUCCGCUCGGAGGCGGGUUGCGGUGUGUACGCGGUGGAUCCGGGCAGCGGAGGGUCGAUCGCGUUGGCGGAGGCCGAGGAGCGGGGCUACGUGCGGCCCGAGGUGUCCGAGAUGCUGAACCGGGGGAUCGGGAUGACGAGGGAGGGCAGAGAGAUGACGCUUCUCGAGGCGAUUCUGUCGGAGUCGAUCGACCCGAGGACGGGGAUGCUGUUGGAUCGUGAAAAGAGACCGAUACCUCUCGAGGACGCCAUCAAGAGACGCCUCAUCACGCCCGACGGCGCUGCGUUGCUCACCGGCCUCUUGAACAUCACCGUCACCACGCAGACGAGAACGAAGGAAGUGCGGGAAGAGAGAGUCGAGGAUAAUGCGUCCUCGUUCGAAGCGAUGGACGUCGAUAUGGUCGAUAACGCGGUUCCCUUCAACGACGACGUUCCGAGAGCGAUCGGCACGACCACCACCAUUAUCGCGAAAGAUCGCGUGGUCCCUUCCUCGAAGGACGCGAAAACGAGGACGAGCGAACAGUUGUUGGAUUCAUCCUCCUCCUCGUGGGUAGUCGAGUGCAAGGAUCCGGACCAAGACCAGGACACGAGCGUGGUGAACGAGUUCGCGAAGGAGGAGGAGGGAGCGGGAGGCGGUCGUUGGUCGACGACCGAGAAACGAGUGUUCGAAUUGCCCACCGACGGUUGGUCCCUGUCCGAGGCGAUCGAGAGAAAGUUGUUCGACCCGACUACGGGGCUGUUCAUAAUACCAGGCACGGACAGGCUGGUUUCGUUCGAGGAGUGCGUCAAGUUACGGAUAAUCGAUCCCAACUCGAGCCUCGUGAUCGAUCCGAGCAACGGGAGGAAAGUUUCCCUUCUGCGAAGCUUGGAGAAGAGUAUCCUCGACUCGACCGGCCAUUACACCAGUCCGCGAAAGAUCACGAUGAAGGAGGCGAUCGACCAAGGAUUCAUCGUUCUCGGCGACGGCAACCAAACGGAGACUGAGAACUCGUCGCAACACAGGCUUCUACGAAUCACGAAAGUGGUCGGCGAACCGGACAAAUUGGAGGUGACCCGAUCCGACGAUCCGUCGAAACGGUUCGAGAUAAAAAUCUCCGAGGCCGGCCACACCAUACCCGACCCGGUCAGAGUUUCCCGAGACCUGAUCUACGAUCCCAGCACCGCGCUUGUCAUAUCGACGGAGAGCGGAAGAUCGACCGAGCUGCUUCAAGCGCUGUCCGACGGCACUCUACCGGCCGAGCUGGUCCUGGUUAAAGAUCCUGCGACGGGGAGGGACGUUGGCAUAACCGAAGCUGUGCAGCGUGGAAUCGUGGAUUCGGACGCGGCCCGUUACAACGUGGACAAACGUAGAAAGAUAUCCCUCCUCGACGCUGCGAAAUUCGGUAUAGUGAGCGUGAUUGGCUCGCCCCUCGUCCCAAUUACGUCAUCGACCACGCCCACCAAAGACCCCCACGGUGUCCCACCCUACAGGCCAGAGACGGAACGAGUCUCUGCGAGGGAGCAAGUGUUAUCGCCGGUCGAUCAGGAAGAGAUUUCCGUGACCGGCAAACCGGCCGCCUCCGUCUCCAUCUCGGAAUCGGAUUCGGCGAUCGGCUCCACCUCGGUCGUCGAUUCGGCCACCGACUUUUCCCCGACCGCCGCGAGCGAGGAGCCCUCCGUCUCGAGAACCGAGGAGGAAUUGGAGGGGGACUUGAAGUUCCAAUACGCCGCCAACGCCGUCGUCGUGCAGCGGCCAUCUACCGAAACGGAAAUCGAAACCGAGAUCGUACUUCAGAAAAUGAGGAAGAGAGUGAUGAAGGCGAACGAGGCGCUCGAGACUGGACUGAUCGACGAGGAGACGGCCGAAAUCUUGACCAAAGACAUGUUACCCACGGACGGUAAACCAGUUUCCUCUCUAUCCGACGCCAUUCGUAGCAACAGAGUAGACGCUCGCCGGGGACGGAUCGUCGAUCCGCAGAGGGGCGACGUUCUAACCAUAGGCGAGGCUGUGGACCGUGGCAUCCUCGACCCUGUGAGCGGCGACGUUCUCGUACCAUUGGCGAAAAGUUUAUCCAUCCCAGGCCUCUACAAGCAAGGCCUGCUCGACCCCAGAGAGGGCAAAGUCGUGCACCCCGAGACUGGCGCCCGCCUCACCCUCGGCGAGGCGAUCCUCUGCGAGAUAGUCGACCCGUUGUCCCGACUCACCUGCUCCGACGGCCGCGUCGAGACGCUGCGCGGCGCCAUCGAGAGCGACCUCGUCGACCCGGACAGGUCGUUGAUAAAGACGAAGGAAGGAGGCAGCGUGGGUCUGGUCAAAGCCGUGGAGAGCCGCACGGUGUUCGCCGACUCCCCACCCAAAGAGGAUAAUCGUCGCGAAGAGGAGGAGAAGAAGAACAUCCCUCCGGCGGGGAUGACGUUCGCGGUGGCCCUCGAGCGAGGUUUGAUCGACGCCGCCGGCAAGGAGAUACGGCACCCGAUCACCGAGGAGCGCCUCUCCCUGGAGGAGGCUAUAAAGGGCGACUUCAUAAUGUCGCUGCCCUGCCCGGUCACCUCUGACAGCAUGGAGGUGACGAAAGCGCUGGAGGCUGGGCUGAUCGAUCGAGAGAAAGGGGUGUACGUGCAUCCGACGACUGGCACUCCCGUCAGCCUGGCCACCGCCAUCGAGUCUGGACUGUUGAUCGUGAAGCCAACGUCCACUACCACAACCACAACCGUCACAACGUCGAAAGGAGUGACCGAGACGGUGACGUGUUACCACACGGUGAGCAGGAAAACGGUGGAGAUCUCGGCCGGUUACGAGUUGGCGAGCGGGGACCGGGUGAGGAACGUGGAGACGGGGGACGUGAUGGGGAUCGAGGAGGCCCGGGGGAUGGGGAUCGUGAGGGACGAAGGGUUGGAGAGGAGGGAGCGUUUCACGACCAAGGAUAUAAGGACGACGUUCGAGCACGCGUUCGAGGAGGGUUUGCUCGACAUGAGGGAGGGCACUUUCACGGAUCCGUCGACGGGACGUUCGAUGCCCAUCAGGCGGGCGAUCGAGAGAGGAUUGUUGGAGGACGGCGAGGGAUCGAGGAGGAUGGCGGAGGAAAGAAUCGAGGGGCGAAUCGAUCGGGUGUACGACGAGGGGACGGAGAGAUUUUUGGACCCGGAGACGAGGGAGUCGUACACGCUCAGCGAGGCGAUGCAGGUGGGACUGGUGGAUCCGGACACGGUGAUUUACGACACGGGCACGGGGCAGACGGUGACGACAAGGGAGGCGGUGGAGAGGGGGAUGAUCGAUCCUGUGACGGGGAGGACGAGGGACGAACAGGGGCGUGGGACGGUCUCGUUGAAGCAAGCGGCGAAGUUGGGACUUUUGGCGAUGGUCGCGGCACCGGUUCUUGCUGGGAAAGCGGUGUACGACGUGGUUCGCGACGCCUCGGCGAGGAAGGACAAGGAACGGGUUGGAGAGGAAGAGGAGGUUUCGAGAUCGAGGGUGGAAGCCGAGGAAUCGAAGGGUUUGGAGAAGAGGGAGCGAGUUUCGAAGACGCCAACUGGUGGAGAGAGAUCCAGGGAGGAAUCUAUGACAGAAAUGGGUGUCGUCGAAGAACUGGUAGAAAAGAAAAAGGAAACUGUGUCUAAAAUGGAUGAACGGGUAGAGUCGAAGAAAGAAGUCGUGUCGAAAAUGGAUAUUGAGAGGGAGAGUGAAACAGAAUCUGUAAUGAAAGUUGAUGAACGAGUAAAAGCGGAGAAGGAAGUAGUAUCGAAAAUGGACGUAGACGUGGAACGAGUGGAGAGCAAGAAAGAAGCUGUAUCAAAAGAUGACGUGAAACAAGUAGAACCGAAAGAGGAACCUGAACUAAAAAUGGAUGUAGACGAAGAACAAAUGGAGAGGAAGAAGGAAGCUGUAUCAAAAGAUGACGUGAAACAAGUAGAACCGAAAAAGGAACUUGAAUUAAAAAUGGAUGUGGACAAAGAACAGGUGGAGAGAAAGAAAGAAUCCGUAUCAAAGGUUGAUGCUGAACAAGUAGAACCGGAGAGGAAACUCGUAUCAAAAAUGGAUGUAGACAGAGAAGAAGUGGAGAUCAAGAAAGAACCCAUAGAAUUGAAAAAGGAACCUGAACUAAAAAUGGAUGUAGAUAGAGAACAGGUGGAGAGGAAGAAAGAACUUAUAUCAAAAGUUGAUGUGGAACAAGUACCUGAGAAGAAACUUGUAUCAGAAAUAGAUGUAGAUGAAGAACAGGUGAAGAAAGAACCCGUAUCAAAAGAUGAUGCAAAACAGGCAGAACCGAAGAAGGAACCUGUGCCAAAAGUAGAUGUAGACGAAAAACAGGUGGAGAGCGAGAAAGAACCAGUAUCAAGAGUUGAUGCGAAACAAGCAGAACCGAAAAAAGAACCUGUAUCCAAAAUAGAUGACGAAAAACAAGUAUGCAAGGAAGAAUCUGAGGUGGAUAUUAACAAAGGAGUAGAAAGUAAGAAAGAACCUGUAUCAAAAUUAGACGUAGACAAAGAACUGAUAGAGAGCAAGAAGGAAUUUGUAUCAGAAGUGGACGUUACCAGAGAAUCUGUAUCUAAAAUAGAAGAACUAAUAGAGAGCAAGAAGGAAUUUGUAUCAAAAAUGGAUGUUGUCAGAGAACAAGUAGAAACAAAGAAGGAAUCUGUAUCAAAAGUAGAUAUUGAUAAAGAAUUGAUAGAGGGCAAGAAGGAAUUUGUAUCAGAAAUGGACACAGAUAGCAAGAAGGAAUUUGUAUCAAAAAUAGAUAUUGACAAAGAACUGAUAGAGAGCAAGAAGGAAUUUGUAUCAGAAAUGGAUGUCACCAAAGAAUCUGUAUCAAAACUAGAUAUUGACAAAGAACUGACAGAGAGUAAGAAGGAACCUGUAUCAAAACUAGACAUUGACAAAGAACAAAUAGAGAAGGAAUCUGUAUCAAAACUAGAUAUUGACAAAGAACAGAUAGAGAGCAAGAAGGAACCUGUAUCAAAACUAGACAUUGACAAAGAACAAAUAGAGAAGGAAUCUGUAUCAAAACUAGACAUUGACAAAGAACAGAUAGAGAGUAAGAAGGAACCUGUAUCAGAAAUGGAUUUAGAUAGCAAGAAAGAAUUUGUGGAUGUUGCCAGAGAACGAGUAGAAACGAAAAAGGAAUCAAAACUAGAAAUAGACAAAAAAGAAGUGAUAGAGAUCAAGAAAGAAUUUAUAUCAGAAAUGGAUGUUACCACAGAAUCUGUAUCUAAAAUAGACAUUGACAAAGAACUGAUAGAGAGCAAGAAGGAAUUUGCAUCGAAACUAGAUGUAGACAAAGAACUGAUAGAGAGCAAGAAGGAAUCUGCAUCAAAACUAGACAUUGACAAAGAACAGAUAGAGAGUAAGAAGGAAUCUGCAUCAAAACUAGACGUAGACAAAGAACAGAUAGAAAGCAAAAAGGAAUCUGCAUCAAAACUAGACAUUGACAAAGAACAGAUAGAGAGCAAGAAGGAACCUGUAUCAAAACUAGAUAUUGACAAAGAAUUGACAGAGAGCAAGAAGGAACCUGUAUCAAAACUAGACAUUGACAAAGAACAAAUAGAGAAGGAAUCUGUAUCAAAACUAGACAUUGACAAAGAACAGAUAGAGAGCAAGAAGGAAUCUGUAUCAGAAAUGGACUUAGAUAAGAAAGAAUUUGUGGAUGUUGCCAGAGAACGAGUAGAAACGAAAAAGGAAUCAAAACUAGAAGUAGACAAAAAAGAAGUGAUAGAAAUCAAGAAGGAAUUUAUAUCAGAAAUGGAUGUUACCACAGAAUCUGUAUCUAAAAUAGACAUUGACAAAGAAUUGAUAGAGAGCAAGAAAGAAUCUGCAUCAAAACUCGACAUUGACAAAGAACUGAUAGAGAGCAAGAAGGAAUCUGCAUCAAAACUAGACGUAGACAAAGAACAGAUAGAGAGCAAGAAGGAAUCUGCAUCAAAACUAGACAUUGACAAAGAACAGAUAGAGAGCAAGAAAGAAUCUGUAUCAAAACUAGACGUAGACAAAGAACAGAUAGACAGCAAGAAGGAAUCUGUAUCAAAAGUGAAAGUUGCCAAAGAAACCGUAUCUAAAAUAGACGUAGACAAAGAAGCGACCAAGGACCAACCUGUAUCAGAAAUAAAUGAACAAUUAGAAAUCAAAAAGAAAUCCGUAUCUAAGAUAGAAGAAACGAAGGAGGAAUCGAGACUGGCUAUGGACGAAAACCUAACAGAUAGCAAGAGAGAAGCCAAAGCGUCGAAAGUGGACGCCAGGUCAGAGGAGAAACGGGAUAUCGUCGAGGAGCGAAGAGGAAAGGAACCACAGGUGUCGUACACGGAAAAACGAGACGGGGAGGAAUCGACGAGCGAGGAAGAGGAGGAAUCCGAGGAGGAAGAGAGAUUCACGAUCCGAGUGACGCCUGAUCUGACGGCCGGGGAUCUCGUCGCCCGUGGCGCGUUCGAUCCCGACAAGGAAAAGUUCGUGGACCCCGAAACUGGAGAAGUCGUCUCCUUCCACGACUUCGUCUUGGAACUGGGUGUCUUCGAUCCGGAUCACGUCCUCGUCAAGGACCUGUCUUGCAAAACGAUGGACAGAUACGUGUCCCUGCGCGAGGCGAUCGCCAAGCCUCUGGUCGAUCGAAAUCUCGGAUACAUGGUCGACCCUAAAACCGGCAAAAGGAUACCGUUCUUCGACGCCGUGGGAUCUGGCUUGAUAAAGGAGAGACCUGCAUUACCCAACAAAUCGACGAUCGACGGCCAACAAGCUUCGAUGACGUUACGCGAUGCGAUCGAGAUCGGCCUCCUCGACCCGUCCACCCGCCAGGUUCGCGACCCGACCACCGACCGAACCCUCCCAUUGAACGAGGCGAUCCAACUCGGCCUCAUCGACCCGAACUCGAUCGACGUCAGGGACCCGGUCAACGACGAGCUCUCCUCCCUUCAAGAGGUGUUGGAGUCCGGGGCGAGGAUCGACGUGGAGGAGGCGUUCGUCAAGGGUCUGAUCGUUCCUGAAUCGCGGAAGCCGAUCUCGUUGGAGGCCGCCAUCAGGAAGGGGUUGUACGACGAGGCGACGGGCAGGAUGAGGGACCUGUUGACCGAUCAACUGAUAGACGUGGAGGAGAGCGUGAGGAGGGGUAUAAUCGACCCGUUGAUCACCCAGUGCGGGGAUAGCAAAGCGGGCACGUUCCUUUCGUUGGAGGAGGCGCUUCGGGAGCCGAGGCUGCUCGAUGCCUCGACCGGCCGUCUUCGGGACACGAGGAGCGGCGAGUCGCUCGCGCUGAGCACAGCCCUCGACAGAGGUCUGAUCGUCACCUCUGGCUUCGCGCCCACCCUCAUCGACGCCAUAGUGCGAGAGUACUACUGCCCGAGGACCGGCCUCGUCUCGAAUCCGAGGACCGGCGAGGAGACCACGUUGAGAGAGGCGUUGGAGACGGAUUACGUGGACGGCAGGACGACGGUGGUGAGGGACGACAGAAGCGACGAGGUGUUGUCGUUGAGGGAGGCCGGGGAGAGACGAUUGAUCGAUCUGGAGAGAGGUAUCUUGACGUCUCCUCACACGAUGACGCUGAACGUCGCUUACGAGAAAGGCUACAUACUGAGCACCGUGAAGCCUUGGUCGUUGCAAGAGGCUUUGGCCCAUCAAACGUACGACCCCGACCGAGGUCUGUUCGUGAUAGACGGGGCAGGUUACACCCUCGAGGACGCGUUGGAGAACGGGCUGAUAGCCAAGGACAGCCCCUCGGUGAAGGAUCCCAGGAGCAGCGAGAUCAUCUCUCUGGGCGAGGCCAUAGAGGCGGGUCUGAUCGACCCUAAGACAGGCACAGCCCUGGAUCCGUCCACGGGCGGCCACAUAUCGUUGACCGACGCCGUGGAGCGGGGCCUGGUCGUGCCAGCCAAGCGCAAGAUAUCCCUACCCGAGGCGGUUUUCAAGGGGCUUUACGAGCCCGCCACGGGACGCUUCAUCGUGCCCGAGACAAGCGAGAGGUUGCAGACCGACAGGGCGAUCAAAGUGGGCGCCAUAGAUCCCAGCACCGCGGUGGUCGUGCGCCAGCCUCACGGCCGAGCCAUCACGUUCAGCAAGGCGAUCAAGGAGCUGAUAGUGGACCCGAAGACGGGCACCGUGACCAACGAGAAGGGGAAACCGAUCGACUUCCGGGAGGCGCUCGAGCGGGGCUUGCUGCUCGAGGCACGCCGCCCUAUGACGUUCAGCGAGGCGAUCUCGAAAGGGAUUCUGGACGAGAGGACGAACAAAUUCUUGGACCCGCAGACAGGGAUCUAUCUGAGCCUGGUCGAGGCCGUGAAAAGCAACCUGAUCGACGCGGACUCGGUCACGGUGAGGAGCGGUUUCCGGGAGAGGAUAUGCCUGACGGAGGCGAUCAGGAGCGGAUACAUAGACGGCUCGUCGGGCAGGGUGAGGGUGACAGCCGACUCGAGCAUGUCGCUGCGCGAGGCUUACGAGGCUGGGCUGAUAGUCGAUCACAGGGCUGCCGUCUCGCUGCAGAGGGCGAUCCACCAAGGCUUGUACGACGAUCGCACGGGAAAGAUAACGGAUCCUAGCACGGGGAGGGCGGUCACGUUGCACGAGGCGAUGAGGAAUUGCCUGGUCAGCCCUGUCCUGCCCUGCUACUGGGACAAGAGGGCGGGCAGGCUGCUCUCGUUGGCGGAGACGUGCAGGGCAGGGGUGAUCGACAGGCGGAGUGGGAUGUUCAGGGAGCAGGGCUCGAGCGGCGCCACCGCGGUCACGUUGACCAAGGCCCUCCAAACGGGGCUGAUCUUGGACAUCGAGAGCCCCCUCUGCCUGCAUCAAGCGAUCGCGAUCAACGUGUACGACCCCGCCACAGGCGCGUUCCAUCAUCCGGCCACCAAUCGAAAGCUGACCCUGGCCGAGGCCUGCGACGCCGAAUUGAUCGACCCCUACUCCUCCAUAAUCAGGGACGCUCGCCGCGACCAGUACGUGCCUCUGCGCCUCGCCAUCUCUUCCAAACUCGUCGACGACACGCGCGCCACCUACCUGGCCCUCCCCUCCGACGAGCCACCGAUCGAUCUACGCGAGGCGGCGAGGAGGGGUUACGUCGUCCCCUCCAACUUCCCCCUGUCCAUCGAGGCCGCCGUGAACUGCGACUUGUACAGGGACCUGGACCCACCCGUGUUCGUCGACCCCCGCCGAAACGAGAACCACGACCUGGCCACGGCGUUCCACGUAGGCCUCCUGGACCCCACUACGACCGCGCUCAAGGACGGGGUCACGGGCCAACUGGUGUCCGUGGAGCGGGCGAUGGAGAACGACACGAUCGACGCGAUUCGUUGCCGCGUCCUCGACACCAGGACCGGACGAUUCUACCCCAUCGACGUAGCCUUCGAGCGAGGCCUUCUGGUCACCUUGGAGAGGCCCCUCGCUCGGUACCCACCAGCCUCCUCGAGAUACUCGGCUGUGGGUUGCGGCACGAGGGAGGAAGAGGAGGAAGAAGAAAUGAUGGAGAAGGAGAAGGAGAGGGUGUCGAGUUUGGAGAAGGCGAUCGAGAACGGGUUGGUGGACCCGAGGACUGCCGUGGUCAGGGAUCCUAGCACGGGCCGCUUCGUGGCUGUCGAGGAUGCGCUGGAGGAAAGGAGAAUACUGGACCCGUCGUGGACGGGUACGUUCGGGCGCGGAGAGGCGAGGUUGGUCCGCGUUGGAGAGGCGGACGUGUAUCUGGCGCAGCCGUUGGGCCUGGAGGAGGUGAUCGGGAGGGGAUUGUUGGACGGCGAGGGGAGGGUGAUGGACUCGAGGACGAGGGAACGGGUGACGUUGAGGGAGGCGGUGCGCCUCGGUAUCGUGGACCCGGAGUCGGCGGUGGUGAAGGACACGAGGAGGAGGAGACUGGUGCGAUUGGCCGAGGCGUUCAAGAGGGGGCUGAUGGACGCGGAGAAGGGGAACGUGUUGGAGACGGAGACGUCGAGGCUGUACGCGUUGCAGAGGGCGAUCGAGGAAGACCUGUUGAUCACCCCGAGCCGCGGUUUCUCGCUGAUAGACGCGUUACAGUUCGGCCUUUACCACGCGGACACCGGUAAAUUUCGCGACCCGUUCCGUCCCGCGGCCCCUCCGUCCACGUUGAAACAGGCGAUCGACACGGCCUCCAUAGAUCCCACGAGCACCGUGAUCAAAGUGCCCGGGGCCGGUAAAAUCGUUAGUUUGUUAGAGGCGAUCAAUGCCGGGAUAGUAGAUCCUAUAGCGGGCAAGCUUAUCGAGGAUCCAUCGGGAAAGAGGCUUGACUUCGCGAAUGCCCUGGAGCAGGGUUAUAUACUCACCGCAGAAGCUAGGCAAGCGGUCGAGGAGAAGUACAAGCUGUGCGACGAAACGUCGACGAAAUUGCUGAAAUGGAUAACCGAGGUGGAGGAACAGUUGGCCAAUCAGGAGAACGCGAAGGAGGAUAUCGAGGAGCUUCGAAAUCAAAUAACCGCUAUGAACAAGAUCAAAGUGGACUUGGAAGCGCAUUCGAGGCCUGUCUCCUCCUGCCUCGAUCAGAUCCGCCAAGUGGUUCUGACGGGUGGCAACGUGUUGUCCAGCGAGGAGGUAUCCACGUUGGAGAAGAACGGCCGUUCCUUGAAGACGAGGUUCGACAAAGCCUCGGAUCGUACCGAGAGAAUGGUGAAACGGUUGAACGCGGCCAGGGACGAAUUGGUCAAAUUCAAGAACGAAUUAUCGACGUUCUCUCACUGGCUGGACAGCGCCAGAAGAAUCCUUGAGAAGAAAGAACACUCGUUAUCCGACCUGAACAGACUGCACGCGAGCACGGAUUCGACGCGCGACUUCAUAAGCGACGUGAUAGCCCACCAGGCGGACCUGCGUUUCAUCACGAUGGCCGCGCAAAAGUUCGCCGACGAGGGGAAAGAGUUCCUGCACGCGUUGAACGAGUUCCGCGCCGGCCUCCCCCACCCGCUACCCGCCAAGGAGUCCAUCCCCCCCGACGAUUCUCCCGUCCGUGGCGAGGUGAGCCUCGUCUCCUCCCGCUACAAGGACCUGCUCACCCGCGCCAACCUCCUCUCCGACAAGCUGUCCGGCGUUGGAGGCAAGCAGAGGGACUACCGCGAGUGCGUGGAGAAGGCGAGGAGUUGGCUGAGGGAGAUGGAGCCGAAGGUGAAGAGGGCGGUGUCCGAGGCGACGGCGGCCGAGCCGAAACAGGUGGAGGAACAGCUGGCCAAGAUAAAGGCGUUGAGCAAGGAGGUGUCGGGCAACGAGCGCCUCGUGGAGAACGUGAGGUCGAGCCUCGAGGCGCUGCUGCGCUCCCUCGACCUGGUGAACGAGCAAGGAGGAGGCGGAGCCGCGGUGGACGACGACGCGUCCCGUCUUCGGGACGAGGCCGAGGAGCUGGCGGCGCGGGCCGACGAGCUGAGGUCGCGGCUGGAGGAGAGGUACGGCGGGCUGGAGAGGGCCGCGGCGGCCGUGGGCCAGUUCUACGAGCGGGCCAAGGCGGUGGGGCAGCAGGCGGCUUUGGUCGAGAAGGAGCUGGACUCGAUGAGGGCGUCGAGCAGGGAGGUGAAGGCGCUGAGGGCGCAGAUGGAGGAGACGGGGAGGGCGAUGGCCAAGGUGGGCCGGCUGUACGAGGAGGUGACGAGCGUGGAGGGGUUGGGAGAGCGGUUGGCCGAGCACGGCGUGUCGGUCGAGGGGACGGCGGUCGGGGAGCAGGUGGAGCAGUUGAAGCGGCAGGUGGGCAGGCUGGACGAGCGGUCGCGCGAGCGCCACAACGAGCUCUCGUCCACCCUGGACAAGCUGCAGGAGUUCCAUCGGAUGCACGGGGCCGUGAUGGCGGGGAUCGAGGAGGCGGGCGAGCGGGUGAGGCGGUUGAAGCCGGUCGGCUCCGAGGUGGAGACGAUAAAGGCGCAGCAGGAGAACUUCAGGGUGCUGAAGGGGGAGAGGAUAGAGCCGUUGGCGCGCUCGGUGGACGACUGCAACGGGGCCGGCCAGGCGUUGAUCCAGACCGCAGGCCGCGACGUGAACACGGCCAACAUCGAGAGGGAGUUGGAGAGGAUGAACGAGAGGUGGAACGAUCUGAAGGAGAAGCUGAACGAGAGGGAUCGUAGGCUGGACGUGGGGCUGCUCCAGUCGGGCAAGUUUCAGGAGGCGUUGGACGGUUUGCAGAAGUGGUUGGCGGACACGGAGGAGAUGGUCUCGAAUCAGAAGCCACCUUCCUCGGACUACAAGGUGAUCAAGGCGCAGCUGCAGGGCCAGAAGUUCCUCAAGAAGAUGCUGAUGGACAGGCAAAACUCCAUGUCCUCGUUGUACAACAUGGGGCAGGAGGUGGCCGGGGGGGCAGACCCCAAGGAGCGCAAGACUAUCGAGAAACAGUUGAAGGAGUUGGUGGGCAGGUUCGACAAUCUGACGGAGAGCGCGGCCGAGCGGAUGGAGGCGCUGGAGCAAGCGAUGGGCGUCGCGAAACAGUUCCAGGACAAGCUGAUCCCUCUCUCGAUCUGGUUGGACAAGACGGAGAAACGGGUGAGGGACAUGGAACUGGUGCCGACCGACGAGGAGAAGAUCCAGCAACGGGUGACCGAGCACGACGCCCUGCACGAGGAUAUACUGUCGAGGAAGCCCGACUUCAGCGAGCUGACCGAGAUAGCGAGCCAACUGAUGGCGUUGGUGGGCGAGGACGAGGCUGCCGCGCUGGCCGACAAGCUUCAGGACGCGGCCGACAGGUACGCGGCGCUGGUGGAGCGUUCCGAGUCGCUUGGCGGUUUGCUGCAACGGUCGAGGCAAGGCCUGCGCCACCUGGUGCUGAGCUACCAGGAGCUUCAAGCGUGGAUGGAGGGGAUGGAGAUCAGAUUGUCCAAGUACAGGGUGUUGGCGGUGCACACGGAGAAGCUGCUCCAGCAGAUGGAGGACCUGGCCGAUCUGACCGAGGAGGUGUCGAGCCGUCAAACCGAGGUGGACAGCACGACGGACGCCGGCCUCGAGCUGAUGAAGCACAUAUCGAGCGACGAGGCGCUUCAGUUGAAGGACAAGCUCGACUCGUUGCAACGACGCUUCAACGACCUGGUGAGCCGAGGCUCGGAUCUGUUGAAGCACGCGCAGGAGUCGUUGCCCCUCGUCCAGCAGUUCCACGACAAUCACAAUCGGCUGAUGGAUUGGAUGCAGGCGGCCGAGUCCGCGCUGCAGUCGGCCGAGCCGCGCGAGGACGAGAUAGUGCGCCUCGAGAUGGAGAUAUCCGAGUACAGGCCCGUCCUCGACAAGAUAAACGCAGUGGGCCCCCAGCUGUCCCAACUGUCGCCGGGCGAGGGGGCGGCCACGAUCGAGGCGUUGGUCACCAGGGACAACAGAAGGUUCGACGCUAUAGCUGAGCAGAUUCAGCGCAAGGCUGAGAGGAUACAGUUGAGCAAGCAGCGCUCCCUCGAGGUGAUAGGGGACAUCGACGACCUGCUGGAAUGGUUCCGCGAGGUGGACAAUCAGCUGAGGGAGGCGGAGCCGCCGAGCAGCGAGCCGGAGAUCAUCAGGGUUCAAUUGAAGGAGCACAAGGCGUUGAACGACGACAUCUCGAGCCAGAAGGGCCGGGUCAGGGACGUGAUCUCGACGGCGAAGAAGGUGAUCAGGGAGAACAGCCGGCACGAGGACACGUCCACGAUCAGGGAGAACAUGGAGGACCUGAGGGAGACGAUGGAGAUCGUGUCGGGGCUGUCUGCGGACAGGCUAGGCGCCUUGGAGCAAGCGUUGCCGUUGGCCGAGCAUCUGCGCGACACCCACGUGGGAUUGGUGAGCUGGCUGGAGGAGGCGGAGCAACAGGUGGCCAUGCUUCCGAUGCCCGCGCUCAGGCCCGACCUGAUAGUCGCCCAGCAGGACAAGAACGAGCUCCUCGUGCAGAGCAUAAACGAGCACAAACCGCUGGUCGAGAAGUUGAACAAGACCGGCGAGGCUUUGAUCAAACUGUGCAACGAGGAGGAAGGUAUGAAGAUACAGGACAUCCUGGAGGCGGACACGGCUCGGUACGCGGCCCUCAGGGCGGAACUUCGAAGCAGGCAGCAAACGUUGGAGCAGGCGCUCCAAGAGUCGUCGCAGUUCUCGGACAAGUUGGAGGGAAUGCUGCGCGCCCUCUCGUCCACGGCCGACCAAGUGAACGGGGCCGAGCCGAUCAGCGCCCAUCCGGGCCGGUUGAGGGACCAAAUGGAGGAGAACUCGGCCCUGAUCGACGAGUUGGCGCAGAGGUCCGAGGCGUACGCGGCCGUGAAGAGGGCGGCCGACGACGUGAUCAGCAAGGCCGGGAACAGGGCCGAUCCGGCCGUCAAGGACAUCAAACGGAAGUUGGAGAAGUUGAACAAGUUGUGGGCCGACGUGCAAAAGUCGACCACCGACCGAAGCCACACCCUCGACGACGCCCUUCAAAUCGCGGAGAAAUUCUGGUCCGAGCUGAACGGCGUGAUGUCCACUCUGCGAGAGUUGCAGGACGCGCUCGCCGGCCAGGCGCCGCCCGCCGCGCAACCGGCUGCCAUACAGCAGCAGCAGGUCGCCCUGCAGGAGAUCAGGCACGAGAUCGAUCAGACGAAGCCGGACGUGGAACAGGUGCGCGCCUCCGGCCACGAGUUGAUGGGCCUGUGCGGUGAGCCGGACAAACCUGAGGUGAGGAAGCACAUCGAGGACUUGGACCAAGCGUGGGACAACGUGACCGCUUUGUACGCGAGGCGGGAGGAGAACCUGAUCGACGCGAUGGAGAAAGCUAUGGAGUUCCACGAGACGUUGCAGAAUCUUCUCGAGUUUUUGGAGGAGGCCGAGGAGAAAUUCGCCCGCAUGGGCCCCCUCGGCAGCGACAUCGACGAGGUUAAGAAACAGAUCAAACAAUUGGCCAAUUUCAAAGCGGAAGUAGAUCCUCACAUGGUCAAGGUCGAGGCUCUCAACAGGAGUCUGACAAGACAAGCCGCCGAGUUGACGGAGAGGACGUCGUCUGAGCAAGCUGCUGCCAUAAAGGAGCCGUUGGGCGCGGUGAACAAACGAUGGGACGGAUUGCUUCGGGGUCUCGUGGAGAGGCAGAGGUUGCUCGAGAACGCGUUGCUCCGCCUCGGCCAGUUCCAACACGCGUUGGACGAGUUGUUGGUGUGGAUCGAGAAGACGGACGACACGUUGGACAACUUGAAGGCGGUCGCCGGUGAUCCUCAGGUGAUCGAGGUGGAGCUCGCCAAGCUGAAGGUGUUGGUGAACGAUAUCCAGGCCCACCAGACGAGCGUGGACACGUUGAACGACGCGGGCAGGCAAUUGAUCGAGGACGGGAAGGGGACCGCCGAGGCGUCGACCACCGCCGAGAAGCUCGGCACGUUGAAUCGCCGUUGGCGCGAUCUGCUGCAACGCGCGGCCGACCGUCAGCGGGAGUUGGAGGACGCCCUGAGGGAGGCGCAGUCGUUCACGGCCGAGAUCCAGGAUCUGUUGUCGUGGCUGGGCGACGUGGACAACACCAUCGUCGCCUCGAAACCGGUCGGCGGUUUACCGGAGACGGCCACCGAGCAGCUGGAGCGUUUCAUGGAGGUGUACAAAGAGUUGGAGCAGAGUCAAGGCAAGGUGGAGACGGUUCUUCAACAAGGUCAGGAGUACCUGAAGCGGGCGGACUCGAGCAGCGCCGGGGGAUUGAGCCACAACUUGAAGACGUUGAAGCAGCGUUGGGACAACGUGACGGCGCGCGCCAACGACAAGAAGAUCAAGCUCGAGAUCGCGCUGAGGGAGGCGACCGAGUUCCACGACGCCCUCCAAGCUUUCGUCGACUGGUUGACCAACGCGGAGAAGAUACUCACGAACUUGAAGCCCGUCUCGAGGGUGAUGGAGACGAUCCUCGGCCAGAUAGAGGAGCACAAGUCGUUCCAGAAGGACGUGGGCGUGCACCGCGAGACGAUGCUGAACCUCGACAAGAAGGGGACCCAUCUCAAGUACUUCUCCCAGAAGCAGGACGUGAUACUGAUCAAAAACUUGUUGAUAAGCGUGCAGCACAGGUGGGAGAGGGUCGUCUCGAAGUCGGCCGAGAGGACGAGGGCGUUGGAUCACGGUUACAAGGAGGCUAGGGAGUUCCACGACGCUUGGUCAAGCCUGAUGAAUUGGCUCGACGAAACGGAGAGGAUCUUGGACGAGGUGGCCGGGGACGGGGCCGGGCUAGGCGGCAACGAUCCGGAGAGGAUCAAGGCCAGGCUGAACAAGCACAGGGAGUUGCAGAAGGCGUUGAGCGCGAAGCAAGGCGCGUACGACACAGCGAUGAAGAACGGGAAAUCGUUGAAGGACAAGGCGCCGAAGAGCGACGAGGCAGCGUUGAAGGAGUUGUUGAACGAGUUGAAGAACAAGUGGACGACCGUGUGCGGCAAGUGCGUGGACAGGCAGAGGAGGCUCGAGGAGGCGUUGCUGUUCUCCGGCCAGUUCAAGGACGCGGUCCAGGCGUUGCUCGAGUGGCUGCUCAAGUCCGAGAAGCAGUUGGCCAACACGGGUCCGCUUUUCGGCGACCUCGACACGGUGAUGAACUUGGUCGAGCAGCACAAAACGUUCGAGAAGGAUCUCGAGUCGAGGGCGACCCAGAUGGAGUCCGUGAUCAGAACGGGGCGCGAGCUGCUCGACAAGGCGACCCAGGACGACGCGGCGGCGAUCGGCUCCCAGCUGGCCGAGUUGAACGACUUAUGGGACGCGGUGACCAGGCUGUCCUCGGACAAGACCGGCCGGCUGGAGGCGGCCCUCAGGGAGGCGGAGCGGCUGCACAAGGCCGUCCACGUGCUUCUCGAGUGGCUGAGCGACGCCGAGAUGAAGCUGAGGUUCGCCGGCCAGCUGCCCGAGGACGAGCAGGAGAGCAGGAACCAGUUGAUGGAGCACGAGAAGUUCCUGAGGGAACUGAGGGCGAAAGAGGUGGAGAAGGAGCAGACGUUGGAGCUGGCGCACGCGAUCCUCGCCAAGGCGCAUCCCGACGGCGCCCUCGUCAUCAAGCAUUGGAUAACUAUCAUCCAAUCGAGGUGGGAGGAGGUGUCCACGUGGGCCCAGCAGAGGAAUCAGAGGCUCGAGAACCACAUGCGCGGACUUCAGGACCUCGACAAUCUUUUGGAGGAGUUGUUGUCGUGGUUGGAAGGGUUGGAGAACACGCUGAACGCGCUCGAGGCCGAGCCACUGCCGGACGACAAAGCCACUCUGGAAAUGUUGAUCGGGGAGCAUAGGGAGUUCAUGGAGAGCACGAGUCGUAGACAGGACGAGGUCGAUCGCGUGUGCAAAGCGAGGCAGAUCAAAUCCGCGAAAGACACGAAGAAGAUAACGAAGGCUAAGUCGCCCGCGCCAACCCGAGCCAGCCCAGGUCGUGAGAGAACGCCCGAUUCGUUGCCGCACAUCGGCCCACGCUUCCCACCUAAAGGAAGCAAAGGCGCUGAACCCGAGUUCCGUAGCCCGAGAGUGAAACUUUUGUGGGAUAGAUGGAGACACGUUUGGAUGUUGGCCUGGGAACGUCAACGCCGUCUACAGGAUAAAUAUAAUUACAUACAGGAGUUGGACCGAGUCGCGAACUUUAGUUGGGAAGAUUGGCGCAAGAGGUUCCUGAAGUUCAUGAAUCACAAGAAAUCAAGAUUAACGGAUCUCUUCAGAAAGAUGGAUAAGAACAACGACGGUCUGAUCCCACGCGAGGAUUUCAUCCAAGGAAUCAUGAACACCAAAUUUGAGACUUCGAGGUUAGAAAUGGGAGCAGUCGCGGACCUGUUUGACCAACACGGCGAAGGAUUAAUAGAUUGGAAGGAGUUCAUCGCAGCUUUGAGACCAGAUUGGGAAGAACGUAGGACGUACAAUGAUACGGACAAGAUCCACGAUGAAGUGAAACGAUUGGUGAUGCUCUGUACUUGCCGACAGAAAUUCCGCGUGUUCCAAGUUGGCGAAGGAAAAUAUAGGUUUGGAGACAGUCAAAAGUUGCGAUUGGUACGAAUUCUACGAUCGACCGUAAUGGUACGAGUCGGUGGUGGUUGGGUAGCUUUGGACGAAUUUUUAUUAAAAAAUGAUCCUUGCCGCGUUUUUCUAAUGCCGAUACCGGACCCUAACAAACCGGAACAACACGAGGGUUGGUGUCCGCUCGCCAAGGGAAGAACGAAUAUCGAGCUGCGAGAGCAAUUCAUAUUGGCGGACGGGGUCAGCCAGACAAUGACGGCGUUCAGAUCGAAGCCGAGCCCUACCUCCACGUUGCAGCGUACCCAUAUCUCAUCCGCGAGUGCCGGACCCAUCACCAAGGUGAGGGAGCGAAGCGCGCGAAGCGUUCCAAUGGGACAAUCGCGGGCAUCCCGCUCCUCGCUCAGCGCCGGCACGCCGGACAGCCUGAGCGACAACGAGAGUUCCUUCAAGAUUGCCUCUGCAAGGAAAUCGAGCACACCGUACAGAAGCACAAUGACACCUGGAGGUAGCCGGCCAUCCUCGAGACCGGCUUCGAGACCAGCGUCCAGACCGACCAGCAGGCCCGGAAGUAGGCCGGCGUCCCGACAGGGGAGCAAACCACCGAGUCGAUAUGGAUCCACUCAAUCGUUGGACAGCACCGACGAAUCGACGAACGUGAGCCGUAUUCCGCGGAGAACGGCGGUGAGCACGACGGGAAACACUCCUACAUCGAGCAGGCACAACAGCGUUUCAGGGAAACGGCUUGGAACGCCUGUGAACGGGUCGAGUUCGCGGCCCCGAACACCCACAGGGCUUGUUAGCCCCGCGAGUGGUGUCCCGUCCAGGUUUGGCACGAUCCAUAGAGCUUCGAGCAUUCCAACCCUGACUGGUGUCGGCACACCGAUCAGCCGCUCGAGGAUCCCCGUGUACGUGGGCACGGAUAUUAAAUCCCCACAAUCGACGACCAGCAAUAUUUCCACUCAUUCUACGCAAAGCAACCACUCGACUGUUUCUACCGAUUCUACCGGGAGCAGCUCGAUGUGUACAAAUUCAGCCACUAACACCUCGUCGGCCGUUAAGCAAGCUAGAACGAGGACACCGUCCAGUGGAUCGAGCACGCCACUGCCUCCAUCGUUGAAGCUGUCCAGGAAGCCAUCCGGUGCAUCGGACACGUCCGUUUCGACGACGACAACGACACCCGCCUCCCAUCGAAAAGGAAAACCGACCCCGGUCGAUCAACGCGCGCCUUUCCGUUUAUAGUAGUCGUCGCACGCCAAUUCGAGAUCAAAAAGAGAAAAAAAAUAGGCAAUAAACGGAGGGGGUCGUUAUCCUUUCGAGGAUAUCGAAUAGAAAGAUCAAAAGUCGGGGAGGGGGGGGCGCCUGCGAGAUGCGCUGUUUAUUAGGAUAUUCUAAUAAUAUAUAUAUAUAUAUAUAUAUAAAUAAUAUAUAAAAAGAAACAUAAAAAAGGAAAAAAAAAAGAAUAACGAUUCCUCGAACGAGAGGGGUCGCCCGAGAGGGGGUUGUUGCUUGCUACUCCUCCUCGUUACCAAUCGUUGCCAAGCUUCUCUCUUUUCCCUUAAAGCCUCGAAUGAAAGAACGAAUUAACGAUCAAAGGAGGCUGCCCCUCUCGGGUAUACGUCCCUGUAUCGGGUAUACGAAUCGAGUAUAAAAAAAGAGCUUAUAACACUAUUGAUGAGAUAUUUUGUAAAAAAGAAAAAAAGUAGAAAUGAGAUGACGAUUACGAUGACGACAAUGAUAACGAAUUGGACGCGCGUUCGAAUGAGAGCGAGAGAGAGAGAAAGAGUGUGUGAGCGCGCGAUCCGAAGAGAAAAAGGGAAUAAUAAUUGAUCGCGGUAACCGCGGACGUCCGUGUAUGAUGUACGUAAAUAAAUCGAUACGUACGCGGGGGGAGACGUUCGCUCCGCGAAUAUGACGACGACGACGACCGAAAUGAAUUUAACAUUAUUUCGUAAAUAAGUUUUUCUUUACCGAAAGAAUUAGCUCGUAACGAUUAAUUGUAAUUGUAAUUUUACGUUAUCCAUAGGGAUUAUUACUACUACUAUUGCUACUACUACUAUUAAUACUACUACUACUACUACUACUACUAUUAUUACUACUAGGUUUUUACCGGUCGUAACACAAUCGAAGAAACGAGCGUUUCAUGUUCGCGGGUGUAAUGCGUAUUCACGAAUCACGAGAUCGCCGACUUCGUCGAUUCGAUCGAUCCUUUCUUUUUUUCCCCUUCUCCGUUUCUUUUCCACGCUGUGUUUCUCUAUUUUUGUUUACCUUUUUUUUUUUUUCUUUGUUUAUUUCCAAUUACUAUUCGUUUAUUACCGCUCCGUCUCUCGUUUUUUCACUUUACUAUUAGAGAUAGAGAACAAGAAGAAGAAGAAGAAAAAAGGGCCCCUACGGAAGAGAGCAUGAUCGAAAUCAAGAGAGAGUGAGAGUGAGAGAGAGAGACGAAGAAAUAAGCAUCGUGUAUAAAUAAUGCUCGAUCCUCCUCCAAGUCGGUGUCGCGCCGGGAACUCAACUCCGCGAGUAAGACAAUUUCCUAAAAAAGAAAAAGAAAAAAAAGAGA